AUGGAGUCCCAAGAAACUGCAAAGCGCCCCAUCGAGCCUAACGGUGCUGUUGCGGCUCAAGACGCCGAGCCAGCGACGAAGCGCGUGAAGCUGGACGAUGCCCCCGUCCCCCAGGUACAAGAAGAGCCCUCGCAACCUCAGCCUCAGCCUCAAGCUCAACCUCAAACUGAAGAUGAGAAGCCAACGGAACAACGGCAAGAUGACAGGGACAAGCGAAGGGGCAUUGCUCCCAUCAAGAAAGAGUAUCUCGUUGUGCCCCCAAGUCAAGUCGCCAAAACUGCCGAGGUAGUUGAUGAUGAUGCUGCCGAGGGAAGGACUGCUCCUGAUGCUGAGGCAGCUACCGGAAAGGACGGAAAGAAGAAGAGGCCAAAGGGUCAGAACAAGGAGCGUGAAUUCGGAAUCUUUGCCGAUGCUCAGCGCCUGUGCAACUCUGUUGCGUGGACGCCCGAGUUUUCCCCUCGGCAUUGUAAGCACGGUGAACGCUGCAACGCUCUUCACGACAUCCGCAAGUACCUGAAGGAGGGCCGCCGCCCUGACCUCAACGUCUUUGGAGGCAAAUGCCCCGUUUGGGAGACCCAUGGCAAGUGUUCAUCCGGUUGGCGCUGCCUUUUCGUUGAAAGUCACAUGAAGGAGAUUGAGCACGAGGAUGGCCGGAAGGAGUUGGUUCUCACCGAGGACCUUACCAAGAUAAAGCCCGAGGCUGCCUCUUUAGUACCGCCUGAGGAGGAGUCGAUGGAUGCCAGGGCCGGUGUGUAUAACGUUGUCGCCCCGGCUGUUAAGCUCGCCCUAUCGCGAAAAAAGAUUCAGCACGAAAAGUCCGACCAGUACCUGAAAUGGAUGGCCAAGGACUCCGAGCUUGCCCGCAUUCACUACCACAAACAGAAAGACGACGACGACGUAGCCAAGGACUAUGCGGCCCAAUACGUCGAGCCCCCCCUUAAGCCCUCAGAAAAGCGAAGGAUCUACUUUGGGCGCGAGACCCCCGUGCUCGCUCCUUUGACCACCCAAGGCAACCUACCUUUCCGCCGUCUCUGCGUCGAGCUGGGCGCCGAAAUCACCUACUCGGAAAUGGCCCUGGGCCUCCCUCUUCUUCAAGGUCAAAAGGCCGACUGGACCUUGAUGCGCGCCCACGAAAGCGAAAUCACUCCUCCGCGCUACACCCCGACUGGCAUCGUCGACCCAGCGUACGACAACUCCAAGGAUCUCAAGUUUGGCGUCCAAAUCACCGCCCACGCUCCCUGGAUCGCCAUUAAGUCGGCUGAGACCCUCGCCCGCUACCUCCCCCACCUCCGCGUCAUCGAUCUCAACUGCGGCUGUCCCAUCGACAUGGUCUACAAGUCCGGCGCCGGCUCCGCUCUCCUCGACGCCCCGUCCAAGCUCGAGCGCAUGAUCCGCGGCAUGAACACCGUCUCAGGCGACGUGCCCGUGACCGCCAAGAUCCGCAUGGGCGUCCGCGACAACCACCAGACGGCCCAAAAAUUAGUCGAACGCCUCGCGCUCGGCGCCCCAGACAUCCGCGCUGUCUCCGGUGCCCCGGGUUGUGCGGCCGUGACACUGCACGGCCGCACGCGCCAGCAGCGGUACACCAAAGCGGCGGACUGGAGCUACAUCGCCGAAUGCGCGGCGCUGGUCAAGUCGUUCAACGAGAAGGCCGAUUCGCUUCAGGACACGAUCCGAGAGGCCGACGAGCGCAGCUUGCCCAACGGCGGACGCAUGUACUUUGUCGGCAAUGGCGACUGCUACUCGCACGUGGAUUACUUUAACCACGUGGACAACGCCAAGGUGGACUCGGUCAUGGUCGGCCGCGGCGCAAUCAUCAAGCCGUGGAUCUUUGAGGAGAUCAGCGCGGGCCAGUACUUGGAUAAGUCGGCCACGGAGCGGCUGGCGUAUGUGGAGAAGUUUGCAAAGUACGGCAUGGAGGCGUGGGGAUCCGAUGAGCUGGGCUUGAACUACACCCGUCGCUUCUUGCUGGAGUUCUUGAGCUUCUUCCAUCGUUAUGUGCCGAUUGGCUUGCUCGAGUACUUGCCCCCUGCCAUGAACGAUCGGCCGCCGGCGUACAAGGGCCGGAACGAGCUGGAGACGUUGUUGGCUAGUAAGAAUUAUCUGGAUUGGAUCAAGAUCAGUGAAAUGUUCCUCGGCCCCGCUCCCCCCAACUUCAAGUUCCAGCCCAAGCACAAGUCCAACGCGUAUGAGAACAUUGAGGCCGAAGGUUAA